GAUACCGAGGAGGAAACGCAGCCGGGGCUCCGCGGAGUGCGGCCACGGUGGCACCUGAACCGAGGAGGCGGCAGCUCUGCCAUCUCAGGACUCUGCCCUUCCCAAGAGAGGAACCAGGAGGAGGACCCAUCAGCCCAUGAAAUUCUUAAAGUCAUGUCCCUUGAUUCAGACCUAUUCAGGGACGUGGCCAUAGUCUUCUCCCGAGAAGAAUGGGAACGGCUGGCUCCCGCUCAGAGGGUUUUGUAUAGAGAUGUGAUGCUGGAGACCUAUAGCAACCUGGUCUCACUGGGUCUUGCCAUCUACAAACCUGACGUGAUCUCCUUCCUGGAGCAAGGCAGAGAGCCCUGGCUGGUAGAGGAAGCAGCAGGAAGAAGCCAGUGUCCAGUCUUGGAGUCCAAGUGUGAUAGCCAGGCAUCCUCCACAGAGCAGCACAUUUAUGAAAUGCAGUUACCACAGUGGGAGAUAAUGGAAAGCCUUACAAGUUACGGACUUGAGUGCUCGAGGUUCCAAGAUGAUUGGGAAUGCAGAAGCCAGUUUGAUGGACAACAGGGAAAUGCAGAUGGACAGCUGAGUCAAAUGACGAUCAGUCGUGAAGAAAUACCUACUUUAAACCAACAAGCAUCCUUUCCUUUUUAUCAGAAAAUUCAUCCUGAAGAAAAACCUUAUGGAUAUAACAAAUGUAGAAAAGACUUCUGGCAGGAAGACUUCCUUAUUAAUCAUCAAGACAUUCAUGCUAAUGAGAAACCCUAUAAAUGUAAGGAAUGUGGCAAGGCCUUUAAAUACGGCUCACGACUAAUUCAACAUGAGAAUAUUCAUUCUGGCAAGAAGCCCUAUGAAUGUAAUGAAUGUGGAAAGGCCUUCAAUUCCGGCUCAAAUUUCAUACAACAUCAGAGGGUUCAUACUGGUGAGAAACCUUAUGAAUGUAAGGAUUGUGCAAAGGCCUUUAGCCGAAGCUCACAGCUGAUUGAACAUCAGCGAAUUCAUACUGGUGAGAAGCCCUAUCAAUGUAAGGAAUGUGGCAAGGCCUUCAACAGGAUCUCACAUCUUAAAGUACAUUUUAGAAUUCAUACUGGUGAAAAACCCUAUGCAUGCAAGGAGUGUGGGAAGACCUUUAGUCAUCGGUCUCAGCUGAUUCAACAUCAGACUAUUCAUACGGGCAAGAAACUCUAUGAAUGUAAGGAAUGUGGGAAGGCCUUUAACCAAGGCUCAACGCUUAUUAGACAUCAGAGAAUCCAUACUGGCGAGAAACCCUAUGAAUGCAAGGCGUGUGGGAAGGCCUUCAGGGUGAGCUCACAGCUUAAGCAACAUCAGAGAAUUCACACUGGAGAGAAACCCUACCAAUGCAGGGUCUGCGGUAGGGCUUUCAAACGGGUCUCACAUCUUACUGUACAUUACAGAAUUCAUACGGGUGAGAAGCCAUAUGAGUGUAAGGAAUGUGGGAAGGCCUUCAGUCACUGCUCACAACUGAUUCAGCAUCAAGGGAUCCAUACUGAGGGAAAGUCCUGUGAAUAUAAGGGACGUGGGAGGACUUUACAUUGCAGUUCAACUGCUGGUCAACAUCAGAGAAUGCGUAAGAAGGAAACCCAAAGGAAUAUAAUAAAUGUAGAAAAGCCUUCCAUCAGCACUUACCCUUUACUAAUCAUCAGAGAGUUGAUGUUAGCAAGCAGCCAUAUCAGUGGAAGCAAUGGGGAGAGCCCAUUAGCUUAGGCAAGGCCCAACUUACUCCUUAAAUUUUGGAGAAAGACUUGAAAAAUGUACUGCAAAUGGGAAUGCCUUCAUUCAAGCUGUCCUUUAUCCUGAGUCGUAAUGUUCAUAAUGAAAAAUUUUAUGGUUAUAAAUUGUUUAGACCAUGAUUAUUAAUGAAGCAAGGAAAGGUUGAAAAAGAUUUUGGGCCUAACAUAUUACAGGAUCACAUUUAUUAACCGCACUGUAAUAAUUUUAACAACAGCCAAAAGUUUGUUUUUUAAAAAGAUUUUAUUUAUUCAUCUGUCAGAGUGAGUGAGCACAGGCAGAGGGAGAAGCAGG